AGAAGAGUCUUCUAGACCGAAUCACACAACCAUCUGGAUCGCACAACAAUAAUGAAUGCAAAGGCAUCGUAGCCAAGGAAGUUCAGUCUAGCAACCAAUAAGUCGCUAUUUGGGUGGGUUGAAACAUAUAUUAUUGAAAGACGAUUUUACAGAAAUAGAUGGAGAUGGAUUGGCCUGGUAAAUCGGAAACCAUUCUUUGGAACAGAAAACAAUUGUUACUUUUGAGGUGAGGUUCAGUUUUAGAGUAAAAUACAGAUGAGAGUUCUCUACAAAUGCAAAAGUAUACGUUUUUAUUUUAUUUGAAAUGAGACCGCAUGGAACUGGUGUGGUGUAAACGUUUGAUUUAAACUGGAACUUUUGGAACAGAAGUGGCUGAUUUUGUAAUAACGCACUGGUGCAUUUUGGAGGAACGCAGGGAGUUUUCUCACUUUUGGAAAAACUCCGAAAAAACGCUCGGAAGAGGGAACUUUAUUUACUCUACUAUAAGGAUACAGUACUACUUUUAACCAUGGGGAAUAUUGAAAGUGUGGAUGGACAGUCGGACAAUAUGAAGCAUCAUAUGAUGCCAAUGAAAGUGCCCAUGCCUGACCAGUCGGAGUUGGAGGAGAGAUUUGCUUUAGUUUUGAAUUCCAUGAACCUUCCUCCCGACAAAGCCAGGCUCCUCAGACAGUAUGACAAUGACAAGAAAUGGGACCUCAUCUGCGACCAGGAACGGUUUCAAGUGAAGAAUCCUCCUCACACCUACAUCUCCAAGCUCCGGGGCUACUUAGACCCAGGAGUCACGCGCAAGAAGUUCCGAAGGCGGGUCCAGGAAUCCACUAAAGUUCUGAGGGAACUGGAGAUCUCGCUGCGGACCAAUCACAUAGGGUGGGUCCGGGAGUUCCUCAACGAUGAAAACAGAGGUCUGGAUAUCCUGGUGGAGUACCUCUCCUUUGCACAGUGUGCCGUCAUGUUGAAUUUUGAGGGUCUGGAUAAUGGGGAGGAGGGCUCCCUGGACAAGGCUACUUCCUGGAGUAGGUCUAUAGAGGAUCUACACCAGAGUGGCGCUCAGCCUUUCUGCAACACGCUGGUCCGCUCGGCACGCCAGUCUGUGCUCCGCUAUGGCACAGCACCUAACAGCAAAACCAUCAAGAACUCUAGACUCGUGAGCCAGAAGGACGACGUGCACGUUUGCAUCAUGUGCUUGCGAGCCAUAAUGAACUACCAGUAUGGCUUCAACCUGGUAAUGUCCCACGCACACGCAGUCAACGAAAUUGCCCUAAGUCUGAACAAUAAGAACUCAAGGACAAAAGCCCUGGUGCUGGAGCUGCUGGCUGCGGUGUGUCUGGUGAGAGGAGGCCAUGAGAUCAUACUCUCUGCAUUCGACAACUUCAAAGAGGUGUGCAAGGAGAAGCAUCGCUUUGAGAAGCUGAUGGAGUAUUUCCACGUGGAGGAUGGGAACAUCGACUUCAUGGUGGCCUGCAUGCAGUUCAUCAACAUCAUGGUCCACUCGGUAGAAGACAUGAACUUCAGGGUUCACCUGCAGUACGAGUUCACUAAGCUGGGCCUAGAUGACUACCUGGAGAAAUCCAAGUACACAGAGAGUGACAAGCUGUCGGUCCAGAUUCAGGCCUACCUGGACAAUGUGUUUGAUGUGGGCGGCCUGCUGGAGGACGCGGAGACCAAGAACGUGGCUCUGGAGAAGGUGGAGGAGCUGGAGGAACACUUGUCCCACGUGACGGAGAAGCUGCUGGAGGUGGAGAAUGAGACCAUCACGAAAGUGGCUGACCUGGAGAAGCAGCUCCUGCAGAAGGACAAGGAUCUCCACGUCAUACGGGAGACGUACGAGUCGACCAACACCCAGGUCCACACCCUGAGGAGGAUGAUCAAGGAGAAGGACGCUGCCUUCCAGAGGAGCUUCAACAUCGAGAAGCGCCUGCUGGAGAUGGAACAGCAGGGGACCAUCCGCCUCCGCAAGCAGCCGGACGGGGACAUCGCCAUCGAGCCCCUGGGAGGGGGCGGUGGUGGAGGAGGAGGGGGUAGAGGUCCGGGGGUGCCUCUGGGUGACUUUGGGCAGAACGGAGGAUUCUCAGUGGGGCCUGGAGGAGUAACAGGGCCAGGAGGACCAGGAGGACCAGGAACUAGUCUACCAUCGGCCAGUGAAGCACCACCUCCCCCGCCUCCCCCUCCUCCGCCUCCUCCUCCUCUGCCCUCUGCUUUAGGAGCGAAUGCUCCACCCCCACCUCCUAUGGCCCCGCCUUUACCAGGAACUGCACCCAACUUCAUCCUCAAUAUGGGCCUAUCAGCUAUCAGGAUCAAGAAGCCCAUCAAGACCAAGUUCCGCCUGCCUAUUUUCAACUGGACCGCGCUGAAACCCAACCAGAUCAACGGCACGGUCUUCAGCGAGAUAGAUGAUGAACGAGUACUAGAGGAGCUGGAUGUGGAGAAGUUUGAGGAGCUUUUUAAGACCAAGGCCCAGGGUCCUUUGGUGGACCUGAGUGGCCCCAAGACCAAAGUGUCUCAGAAGGCUGCCAACAAGGUCAGCCUGCUGGACGCAAACCGCUCCAAGAACCUGGCCAUCACCCUGAGGAAGGCCAACAAGAGCACCGAGGAGAUCUGCAAAGCCAUACAGAGCUUUGAUCUGAAGGCCCUGCCGGUGGACUUCGUGGAGUGUCUGAUGCGGUUCCUUCCCACGGAGGCGGAGGGGAAGACGAUGCGUCAGUACGAACGGGAGCGGCGACCGCUGGACGCGCUGACGGACGUGGACCGAUUCAUGCUCUUCUUCUCCAAGAUCGAACGGCUCACCCAGAGGAUGAAUAUCAUUACGUUCGUCGGGAACUUCUCGGACAACGUCGGCAUGCUAACCCCGCAGCUCAACGCCAUCAUCGCAGCGUCCGCGUCCGUCAAGUCUUCACCCAAGUUAAAACGCAUGCUAGAGAUCAUCUUAGCCCUGGGAAACUACAUGAACAGCGGCAAGAGAGGCUCUGUGUAUGGCUUCAAGCUACAAAGUCUUGAUCUGCUGCUGGACACCAAGUCUACAGACAGGAAGAUGACUCUGCUCCACUACAUAGCUGUGGUUGUCAAGGAGAAGUAUCCAGAGCUGGCUAACUUCUUCAACGAACUACACUUUGUGGACAAAGCUGCAGCAGUGUCUCUGGAGAAUGUGCUGCUGGACGUGCGGGAGCUGGGUAAAGGGAUGGAUCUGAUCAGGAGAGAGUGUAGUCUCCACGACCACUCUGUUCUCAAGGGCUUCCUCCAGACUAGCGACACUCAGCUUGACAAACUGCAGAAGGAUGCCAAGACUGCAGAGGAAGCCUUCAACAAUGUGGUGAACUAUUUUGGGGAGAGCUCCAAGACGACUCCUCCGUCCGUGUUCUUCCCUGUCUUUGUGCGAUUCAUCAGAGCUUACAAGGAUGCGGUGGUGGACAAUGAGCAGAGGAAAAAGCAGGAGGAAGCCAUGAGAGAGAAAUUACUGGCUCAGGAGGCCAAGCAACACGACCCCAAGGUCCAGGUAGUGAAGAAGAGGCAGCAGCAACAAGAGCUGAUCUCGGAGCUGCGUAAACGCCAGGCUAAGGACCACCGGCCCGUCUACGAGGGGAAGGACGGCACCAUCGAGGAUAUCAUCACAGAUCUCCGCAGCCAGCCUUUCCUGCGGCAUGACGCGCUGAUCCGGAGCGGCUGGAAGAGACCCUAAACAAACCACUCGUUCCUCCUCAUUUAUCCCCCAUUCGCUUUAUAACCCCCCCCCCCCUCCUUCCCUACCUGUGUCCCGGUGGUCUCACCCACCCGAGGCUGCAUCUCCCUGCAGAUCAGAGACUGAAAGCCGGACAGGACUGAACCAAUGGCCCAAGUUUUAAGGGGGUAUUUAUUUAUUUAUGGAGAUCUUAUAUGGACACGAUCUCUCAACAAGCAGGUAUAAGCACAGACAUCAGGUGGGUUAGUCUACCCCCUCUCCCACUGCAAACACACACCGCAUGCACGAAGGCACACACACAGAAAAUAGAGGACUACAGCGAUUGCCAGGGUUGGCAUUAAGAACAGGAGAUGAGCCCUUAAAGGGGGGGCUCGCCUCACAAAAGCAGGAAGGACACUGCAACUGCAUAAUGUGGACAUGGAACCACAAGUGCCUCCUGCCAAGUGCCUGCCAACGUGGAUCUCAUUUCCAUGAAUGUGGAUUUCCUCCACGCAAGUUGAGGAUGGGAGACAGUCGGUCGGUUGUAUAAAAUGACAGCAUAUGUUGACUGGGAUUUCCAUUUCAAAGAGAACAGGGUUGUUUUCACAAGGCCCGAAACGAAAGAAAACAGACUGAAACAGGGAGGGACGAGCUGGACCUGACCAAUAAGAAAUGUUUAUUUUUCGUGGCAAAACGCUUUAGGUUGUGAGCCCUAAUGAAUACGGCCCAGGGUUUUGCCAUCGCAGAACGUCUCUGUCCACAGAUUGAAGAUGAUUGUUCCGAGUCUUUGGAGAGGUUUCUGUACAAGCUAGCCAAACCAAACUUCCUCUACUCGGUCUUAUUAUUUUGAGAACGAAUUAAGUGCCUUUUUUGUUUAGACAGUAUUAUUUCUGUGACUCAGCUAUAAUUUGUAUCUUUAGUUGUUAAAUAUUUGAUUUUUUUAUUGCAUUUGUUUGAUAACAUUACCUUCGGAAAAAAAAGAAGAAAAAAAAGAAUAAUAUGUAAUGGUUUGGAAUCAGAAUUCCAGCUUUAAUCACUAUACAGUAUUUAAAGGUUGCUUCUCAGCACUGUUCUCUAAAUUCGUUUAGGCCAGUGUCUGAAAACAUUUGAGUGGGUAAAAACAUUCUGUGUAUUUACUUUCUAUUACUUUUAACUUUAUGACCUACAGUCCAAUCACCACUUCAGUCUUACCACUUUAGGCCGGGAUUCAUUCCAAUCCGCCUUAUGGUGCAGUUGACAUUUAGGGCUCUAUUCAAAAAACUGGAUCGCUGGAGCGUUACAUAGAAAUGUUAAAGGUCAUUUCCCGACUGAGCCGACAAUGUGCAGCGUUUUACAGUGAAUGCAGGUGGCGCUGACGCCGGAGCUUUUUGCCUUUAAACUUCAAUCACGCUGAACUUCCGAGACACGGGUUGAGUAGAGCUCUUUAAAAAAAGUCUGUCCGAUUUUUAUUUAUUUAACUAGGCAAGUCAGUUAAGAACAAAUUCUUAUUUUCAAUGACGGCCUAGGAACAGUGGGUUAACUGCCUGUUCGGGGGAAGAACGACAGAUUUGUACCUUGUCAGCUCGGGGAUUUGAACUUGCAACCUUUCGGUUACUAGUCCAACACUCUAACCACUAGGCUACCCUGCCGCCCCGAUUAUGCCAAGAUAUCCGGCGUUUCAGUCAAUACGGCCAUGCAUUUGUUUGGUAGGUAAAGAAUGCAUUGCUUGGUUCGAACCAUGUUCUUUAUGCAUCAAGUUCCUGAACUGUCAUGAUGAACAAUUUCCCCCCCUUAAUAGCCAUCAAGUUAAGCACAAUGACUGUGCACUCAGAUUUACAAAUCGGUGUUUCAAUAUGGCAUUUCCACAAAAGGGACAGCGCGUAUUUACACUACUUACAUUGCCUUAAUGUUGUACGAGACACUACUUCUAUAGCAGAUAUUUCUACAUAUAUUUACAUUUGAUGUAAAUCAACGAAUUUUAUGCCUUUUACUUGUGCUUGUCUGUCGUAAGGAUGAAAUGAAAUAGUGCCUGACAUUUGAUGCGUGUUGUCCAAAAGACCCCCCCCCUUAAUAAAACAAAAUGACAAUGUGACUCACAA